AUGGCUUCUCGUGGCUAUGGACUGCGUCGUCUUUGCGGGAUUGCUGCCAUUAUCGCACUUCUUCUCCUAUCGCUCAAAUCCUUUCGCACGAGACCGACGAGCAAAGAUCUCACUGCCAACACAAUUCGCAAGCCGCCCAGGCUACACCACGUUCCCUUCAGCACCGCUACGGACCCGAAGAUAUCUUGGAUUGACUUUUAUUUCCAGAGGUUACAAAAGCCUUCAGUACUACCCGAUACCCCGAAAUACUCCCCGUUCGGGGCUUUUGAGUGGCACUUGCCCGAGGACGUCCCGUGGCGGAAGAGGCUUGGCAAAGAUCUGUGCAUAAUCGACUUGGACGACCGAGGCUUCAAUGCCUCUGGGCAAAUAUGGGGCCCGCACAUAAUGAGCUGGGAUCACGCAGAAUCUGUGCAUGGCCUAUCGCUGGGGUUUCUGAAUCAUUGGUUGUAUAGUAAGCUUCAUUUCCUUUUGAUGUUGAGAUACAAACUUACGAGGCGCAAAGUGGAUAGCUAUGAGGACCGCCGCACUUCGUGGAAGAAGCCUGCCAUUAUUUCGAAAUUAUUGACAAAGCACAAGGCAUGCAUAUAUCUUGACUCGGAUGCUCUGUUCAGAAAUCUAGACUUGCCGUUCGAAUGGUUGAUGAAUUACUGGGGGAUUAGCCGGGCCACAAACUCGCUUGCUCUAGCUUUUGACCCGGCGCACGAAUGGAACCAGGAUGAGUUCGGGAAGGAGUUUCUCAACACGGGAUUUCUUGUGGCGCAAAACAAAGCGAGAACCUUUGAGAUCCUGCGCGCCUGGCAAGAGUGUCCAAACGACGGCGGUCGUUAUCCUAGUUGCACAAAGUUUCGGACAAACGAUCCCGGCCGUCCGACGGACCAAGGAGGAUUUGGCACGUAUAUCCGCUACGACUAUGUCGACGAUAUCAAGGAGCUACCCUGCGACGAGGCGAAUGGCUUCCCCGAGGCCCAUUCUGGGUGCGAUGGCACGUUUAUCCGUCACCUCUGGACGGGAAAGGACGGGCUCCUCAAAACUUUUGCAGGAAGCCAGAUGCCAGGACCUUUCUUGGAGUAUUUCCACGAGGAAUACAUUAGGACAAAAGCAGAAUUUCACAUGUUUGAAGCGGAGCUCAUGGGUUAG